AUGUUUAUCUUUAUCUUUCCUAUGUCACAGCUGGCGAAGGCUGCGAAGCUGAACAAAUUUGUGAAGACCAUCGCCCUGCCUGAAAGCAAUGGAAGGGUGCAGCCCGAGACCAUGUGCAGUGUGGCCGGCUGGGGCCGCACUAUCGCUAAGAAUAGUUCAUCAGCUGCCAACGCGCUGCGGGAGGUGGACGUGGAGGUGCUGGAGGAUGACAAGUGCUCGGGGUAUCGUCGCUACGACCCGGCGACCAUGCUGUGUGCAGGGCAGGCACAGAAGGGCAAAGAUUCUGCAAAGGGCGACUCCGGCGGCCCCCUGGUGUGUGGGGGUAAGGCCCAGGGCAUCGUCUCCUGGGGGCCCUACACCCCGCCGGGAGUGUACACG